CUCCCCUACAGUACCCUCAUGCCUCCCAAUGGAACACAUCUCACAAUCACCAAUCCUCUCAUCUUGUACCGCAGUCUCAUAGCCACCAACCGCAUACAACCCGAUCCCUCCCAGCAUCGCCUCGCACUACACCUCCAAAAACUCUAUGAGCGGUUGAUCGACUAUGAACCGAGCAUAGAAUACUCCGACCGCCUGAAACAAUUAAGUAGAGCUGUUGCUGCUAGCCAUGAUGUCCCGCGGCCGCCCUCUCCGGAUGAGCGAACCCUUGGAACAAGAGGCCUAUGGACGUCCCUCCUCGCGCAAAAGGAGAAACGCGACUCGCUGGCCUUGACCCGCGUUCUUACGAGCCAUGAGGCGGCUCUCCAACUCCAAAGCCCUCAGGGCCUGAUGCUGCACGGUGAAGUCGGGACUGGAAAAUCUAUGCUCGUCGACCUAUUCGCAGACUGCCUGCCCCAUCGGAAGAAGAGACGAUGGCACUUCAACGCGUUCAUGCUUGAUACGUUUUCCCGUCUAGAGCAUUUACGGAAGUCGAGAUCAGUGGUCAAGGGCGAGAAUCUUCAGGAUGAGUAUUCAUUACUGUGGCUAGCGCGCGAUCUCAUACAAACGUCGCCCAUCCUCUUCCUGGACGAAUUUCAACUCCCGGAUCGCGCAGCUUCAAAGAUUCUGUCCAACCUCAUGACUUCCUUCUUCCAACUCGGCGGGGUGCUCAUUGCUACCAGUAACCGCAUGCCUGAGGAACUCGCCAAAGCCGCUGGCAUAGAGUUUGCAAGGCCGGUGUCGAGACUCAGUCGGUUGGGAUGGACACUAGGCAUUGGGGGCUUGGUGGGAAGGGAUGAUGGACCAGGGCAGGCGGGGGAGUUUGCGCAGUUUCUGGAAGUGUUGAGAGCGAGGUGCGAGGUCUGGGAGAUGGAGGGGAAGAAGGAUUACCGUCGAGUGACAGGAGGGGAAGAUAGAACGGUAGGGCUGAAGGUCUUCGAAGAUCUUUCCAAAUCCACGAGCGUGCCUGCAGAAGGCAUACCGUCUGACCCAAUUUCGACUGGGACCGCCGAAGCUACCCCAUCCCAUUCCUCUGAAACCACCCUGCCGAAGCACUAUUUUAUUACGCCCUCAUCAACGGCAUCACCCACCGAGCUUGCCACCCACGAAACAACACUGGACGUCCUUCUCCACGACCUCACAUCCACCCCUCACCACCUUCCGAUUCUCUGGGCACCCACCACCCUCAUAGUCUACGGCCGCCCUCUCCACAUCCCAGCCCAAUACGCCGGCAACACACUCUUCACCUUUUCUCAACUCUGCGGCGCCACCCUCGGCCCCGCAGACUACAUCACCCUCGCAUCGACCUACCACACACUCAUCCUCACCGACAUCCCCAUCUUCUCUUUUGCGCAAAAGAACGAAGCUCGACGCUUAAUCACGCUGCUCGACGCAUUAUACGAAGCGCGCUGCCGCCUCCUCAUAACAGCGGCCGCCUCUCCAGACCAUCUCUUCUUCCCCUCUUCCCCCUCCUCCGCGUCUCCCACACCCGACGAGAGAGCAGAAGCUCUCUCCGCCGAUGCCGUCCACCCCGAAACCUACUCCGAAAUCCACCAAGACCUAACAUCUCCCUUCCGCCCCAACGUCAGCUCCUACCACAUCCCCGCACUCUCCGCCGACGCCCUGGAAGACGAUCCGCCAAACCGCGUCCGCCGGCCCGGCAGCUCCUACACCGACGAGCGCAAGCUAAGUGCAAAAGCGCCGGACUUCGCUAAUAUAGGUGGGCUGACGGGCGAGGAUGAGAAGUUCGCGGUGAAGCGGGCGCAAAGUAGGAUGUGGGAGCUGUGUUCGCGGCGCUGGUGGGAGCGUGCGUCCGCUUCCCCUUUCGACGCUGGCGCCGGAGAAGAGGGAAGGAGUUGGUGGAGGCCGCUGCCCCCGGAGUCCCGGCAUUGGGAGCGCCCAUCGCGCUUUGAGCCAGUUGCUGACGCUUCCGCGGAGCGGACCCAUGUCUCUGAGAUAUCGGAUGCACACCUGUCAGCGGACAGAGAUCCACGGAUGGACAAGCAGCAGGGGACGUUCGCUCACGGAGCCAGUCCCUUCAGGACGACAAGCGAUCCUCCGCCAAAUAUCGGAUGGACGCACGUAUAGGGUACUAUGCGAUGGGGCAAGCGAGCUGGCGCAUGGGGAAAGGGUGUUGAAGGGCUUCAGGAAAGGCGAAGCGAAAAGGAGCUGGAGAAAGAGGCACCUGACGAGAAAGAAAAACGUUAGAAGAGAGAUUGGCCCCUUGCGGAAGGGGAUGCUCCGAAUUUAAAGCACUCGCCGUGCAAGGAGAUUGGUUCGUACAGCUGACUAUAUGUGCUAUUGCGCACACUCGCGAAGACCUUUAGGCUGGCUGUUACGCGCAUUUGUAUAUCCGGGGAAUACUACACGGUGUGAAACCGGGUUCAAAUGUGUGGAUACUCUGGAAAUCAGAAGUGUUUGAACUUGACGUAAU